AUGUCGGUCCGACGCGACUUCCUCAGCCAACCGGCGCCCGAAAACUACGUCGCCGGUCUGGGACGUGGCGCUACCGGCUUCACGACCCGAUCCGACCUUGGUCCUGCGCGCGACAACGAGGAGGCCAUCAAGGCCGCCGUCGCCAAGCGUCAAGCCCAGUUGGGGCUCAUAAAGGAUGGGAAGAACGAUCUUGAUCUGGAUGAUGAGGAUGAUGGACGGUAUGGGGACCCGGAUAAUGAGGUGGGACUGUUUGCUGGUGGGAUAUACGAGAAGGAUGAUGAGGAGGCAGAUCGGAUUUGGAAGGAGGUGGAUGAUCGGAUGGCGAGGAGACGACAGAAGUGGCGCGAAGCAAGGGAGAAGGCGGAGCGGGAGGAGUAUGAGAGGAAGUUCCCUAAGAUUCAGCAGCAGUUUGCUGGGCUGAAGAGGGCGCUAGAGGCAGUUACCGAGGAGGAGUGGGCGAAUUUGCCCGAUCCGAAGGACUUGACGGGACGAACGAAGAGAGCAAGGCAGGCGAGGAUGCAGCGGUUUUAUGCCGUGCCGGAUAGCGUGCUUGCUGCGGCGAGGGAUCAAGGGCAGUUUGGCACUACAGUGGUCGAAGAUGGCACGGCAACUGAAGUCAACAAGGAUGGGACAGUCACAGAUUUCGCGAAGAUUGGCGCGGCCAGAGACAAAGUGCUGCGCGCGAGGCUGGAACAGCAGAGCCAAAGCAGCGGGAUUGCGACGGCCGGCAGCGCAACGAGUAUCGAUCCAAAGGGAUACCUUACCUCAUUGGCGAACGCCAGUGUUGGUGAGCAGAGCAUCGGCGAUAUCGAACAGUUCCGAAAGAUGCUCAAGUCAGCAGUAGACUCGAACCCGAAGCAAGCGGCAAGCUGGAUCGCGGCGGCACGUUUAGAAAUUGCGGCUGGGAAGCCUGGUGCGGCGCGCGCGCUUAUUGCAAAGGGCUGCCAACACUGCCCCAAGAGCGAGGAUAUCUGGCUGGAGAACAUCCACAUCAAUGACAACCGUAACGCUAAGGUCAUUGCUGCGCAGGCGAUCCAGGCUAACCCACACUCGGUCAAGCUGUGGGUUGAGGCGAUGAAGCUCGAGAACGAUGUGCGCUCGAAGAAAAAGGUCAUUCGUCGUGCGCUGGAUCAUAAUCCUACAUCAGAAGCCCUGUGGAAGGAGGCAGUUAAUCUCGAAGAGGACCCGGCCGACGCCAGGAUGCUGCUCGCCAAAGCAACAGAACUCAUCCCUGAGUCGCUCGAUCUCUGGCUGGCGCUUGCUCGCCUCGAGACACCCGAUAACGCGCGCAAGGUGCUCAAUAAGGCUGUCAAGAAGCUACCCAGCUCGCAUGAGCUUUGGAUUGCGGCCGCAAGACUGGAGGAGCAACUUGGCGAGGGCACCAAGAGGCCAGUGAUGAAGAAUGCCGUGAAGUUCCUGGCCAAGCAGAACGCCAUGCCCAAGCGGGAAGAGUGGAUUGCUGAGGCGGAGAAGUGCGAAGAAGAGGGCGCUGUGGUUACUUGCGCAAGCAUCAUCGAAGAAACGCUCGGCUGGGGUCUCGACGAGGACGACGACCGCAAAGAAAUCUGGAUGGAAGAUGCCAAGGGCUGCAUCUCCCGCGAAAGGUUCCACACAGCGCGCGCAAUUUAUGCCUACGCUUUACGUGUCUUCCCCAACUCACGAUCCCUCUACCUCGCUGCUGUCGAGCUCGAGCGCGAACACGGCACGAAAGAGGACCUCGAGCGCGCGCUGGAAAAGGCCGUCGAAGCCUGCCCGCAUGUUGAGGCCUUCUGGCUUAUGCUUGCCAAGGAGAAGUCCGGCGAGAUUAAUGAAGCCCGAAAGGUUCUUGCCCGCGCGUUCAAGCAGAAUCCCGAUAACGAGGACAUCUGGCUGGCCGCUGUUAAGCUCGAGGCUGAUAACGGGCAUGUGGACCAGGCGAGGGAGUUGCUGCGCACAGCCAGGCAGAACGCCCCGACGGAUCGCGUCUGGAUGCGCAGCGUCGCGUUCGAACGACAGCAAGGCAAUCCGCAGGCGGCGUUGGAGCUGGUACAGGAUGCCUUGCGGUUGUUCCCGAACGCACCCAAGCUGUGGAUGAUGAAGGGGCAGAUCUACGAAGACCUGGGCAAGAUCGAGCUGGCGCGGGAUGCCUACUCUGGCGGUGUGCGUGCCGUCCCGUCGAGCGUCCCGCUCUGGUUGCUCUACUCUCGUCUUGAAGAGCGCGCAGGUAAUGUCGUCAAGGCACGCAGUGUUCUCGAUCGUGCCAGGACAGCCGUGCCGAAGAACCCUGAGCUGUGGACGGAGCUUAUCAGAGUUGAGCGGAGAGCGGGCAAUCUGUCCCAGGCGCGGGCGCUCAUGGCGCAAGCUUUGCAGCAAAUGCCGCGCAGCGGCUUGCUGUGGGCUGAGAGGAUUCUGUACCUUGAGCCCCGUACCCAGCGCAAGGCGCUCAUCACCGAAGCGAUCAAGAAGGUCGAGGACGACCCCAUCCUGCAAGUCACCGCCGCUCGCAUCUUGUGGGCCGAACGUAAGCUUGACAGGGCGCAGAACUGGUUUGAGCGGGCGCUCUUACUAGACAGGGACUUGGGUGAUACAUGGGCGUGGUAUUACCGGUUCCUGUGCCAGCAUGGCACGGAGGAGAAGAGGAAGGAGUUGAUUGCGAAGUGUGUGCUGAAUGAUCCUAGACAUGGAGAGGUUUGGCAGAGGGUGGCUAAGGAUCCGAGGAAUGCGGGCAAGAAGACGGAGGAAGUGUUGGAGUUGGUUGCGCAGCAGUUGGGGCAGGCUGUGUAA